AUGGCCAAAGGAUGUCUGCAGAUGGUGUCUGUGAGUUUAUUGCUGUAUGCUGCCACCUGGCUGAUCCCUGAGCUGCAGGCUUCUGCGAAGAGAGAAAAAAGAGAAGAUGGGGAACAUUUGGAAAGUCUCAAAAUCAAGCUUCCUUAUAAUAAGCCCCACCUCCUGGCUUCAGGCAGUGUCACCCAGAUGAAGCGGACAGGGAUGCUAGACUUCCAGGAUUUCCUUCUCGAGAAGACCACGCUUCUGGGUACGCCGGGCCGCUCCGUGACGCCGCUGAGCGGGGAGACCCCUUCCCGGCCACAGCCCGCCCCGCCGAGCUCAGCGAGGACGGAUCAAGCGCGCCUUCAUCGCGGGCAGCCGGAAAACACUCAGGGUUGCUGUUUUGCUCAGGAGCGCUCGGGCUCCGCGCUGCUGCUCUCGAGCGACCUGCGUGGGUACAACGCUGUCUCCUCGAGCCCUGCACUCCUGCCGACCUGCUUCAGCCUAGCGUCCUUCCCACCCUUCGGCUCGCAGUACUGCCACGCACCCCUGGGCCGCCAGCACACCGCCAUUUCGCCUGGGGUCGCCCAUGGACCGGCCGCCGCUGCCGCCGCCGCGCUUUACCAAACUUCCUACCCGCUGCCAGACCCUAGACAGUUUCACUGCCUCUCCGUGGACAGCAGCUCCAACCAGCUGCCCAGCAGCAAGAGGAUGCGCACGGCGUUCACUAGCACGCAGCUGCUAGAAUUAGAGCGCGAGUUCGCUUCCAAUAUGUACCUGUCCCGCCUUCGUCGCAUCGAGAUCGCGACUUACCUGAAUUUGUCCGAGAAGCAGGUGAAGAUCUGGUUUCAGAACCGCCGGGUAAAGCACAAGAAGGAGGGAAAGGGCACCAACCACCGCGGUGGCGCAGGGGGCGCCGCUGCGGGGGCCGGCGGGGGUGCACCGCAAGGUUGCAAGUGCGCAUCGCUCUCCUCGGCCAAGUGCUCCGAGGAUGACGACGAAUUGCCUAUGUCUCCGUCCUCCUCGGGGAAGGACGACCGGGAUCUCUCGGUCACUCCGUAGGCGCUCGUGUCCUUAGGCCGACCCACCCCAGGACCUCCCAGCAACGCCAAGACUGAUCCCGGGAUGCAGCGCUGGUUCCUAGGUACCCACUGCCAAUUGACUGCCUUGCACGGAUUUGGCACGGCUUUGCGGAAUCCCCCAGCUCUAGAAAGAGCUGAGGUUUUAGCAGAGACCUGGCGGUGGUAGCAGGGCCUGCAGGGCUCCCGGUGUCCAAAGAGAACUCCAAGCUGGGAACGCUGCAGCGCUCCAGUCCUCUUGGGCAGUGCAUGGCUAUGUCACGCCCGAUCAGCCCGGCGUCUAGCUGGCUACCCACUCCUCACCAGCCUUUUCCGGGCUGGCUCAAGCUUCCUCACUUCCUUUACUCUCCUAUACCCUCAGUGAAGCUCGGCCUUUGAUGUGGAUGUCCGCUUGCUUUCCUUUUUUUAAAUGUCUCUCCCUCUCAAUUCUUUUCUGUGGUUGCUUAAUUCACCCACACCCACUCCACAGGUUCAUGAGCUUUCCUCCCCUUUCCUGCUCCCGCCUCGCUAUCAGAAGUCCUUACAGCUUCAAAAUGUCCUAUGAUAUCCGUAUUGAGAGAACAGAUUUAUUUUGUUACCGAUCUGCUCUGCAAUUCCCCAAGCUCUUCUCCUUUGAUAUCUCUCUAACCCCCAGGUCCCACCCCGCCUGGGCCUAGCUGUGUAAUUGUAUGGUUUCUGUAAUAC